AGGAAGAGGAUCGUCGCUGCGGUGGUCGGUAUCGUCAUGGUUCUGGCUCUGAUUAUCGCGAUUCCUCUGCUGGUCCAGACCUCUAAAACGGACGCGCACUACGAGAUGAUGGGCACGUGCCGGAUGAUCUGUGACCCGUACAGCCCCAAACCGAGCGCCACGGCUCUGGAGGUCAUGCAGGACCUGAGCGCGAUCCCGUCCCCCAGUUUUGUCACUUCGGGGAUGAGGGGAGAGCCCGGCCGGCCGGGGAAGCCAGGACCGAGGGGCCCACCGGGCGUACCGGGACCGCCGGGACCAAGAGGACCACCGGGAGACCGAGGGGACACCGGGAAGAGUGGGUAUCCCGGGAUAGGAGGCACGGCGCGCUCGGAGACAGGCGCAGAACCGGGGUCAAUCAUGGGAGGGGCGAAGAUCGCGUUUUACGUGGGUCUGAAGAACCCGCACGAGGGCUACGAGGUGCUUCGGUUUGAUGACGUCGUCACGAACCUGGGGAACCACUAUGACCCCACCACCGGGAAGUUUACGUGCCAGGUGUCCGGGAUUUACUACUUCACCUAUCACGUGCUGAUGCGCGGAGGGGACGGGACCAGCAUGUGGGCUGACCUGUGCAAGAACGGACAGGUCCGAGCCAGCGCCAUCGCUCAAGACGCAGACCAGAACUACGACUACGCCAGCAACAGCGUGGUUCUGCACCUGGACUCUGGGGACGAGAUCUACGUCAAACUGGACGGAGGGAAGGCGCACGGUGGGAACAACAACAAGUACAGCACGUUCUCCGGGUUCCUUUUAUACCCGGACUAAAACUUCACAGGAUGAUCAAGUGACUUGUUUUCAUCUCCACAUCUAAUCAGGAGGAAACACCAACCAAGUCCUCGUUCUCCGUCUUUAAAUCCAUCUUUUUCCAUGCAUAUGGAUUAUUACUGGAUGAAAUAUCCCGCUAUAGUUCCACGUGCUUUGCUGAUUGUUUUGCUCCAAACUAAAGGCCUCAUUCUUCUUUGGAAAUUCACAAAUACACAUGAAAUGCAUCUUUUCCAGAAUCAUACUAACCCCCUUGCUGUGCUGGGACUGUUCUGGAUGAACUGCCCUCUCACAUGGAUCCACAGUCUGUGUUUUUGGUGCAGAUGUUGUUCUGUUCUCUCUUUGUGCGUUUUUGAGGAUGAACUAAAAACGCCUCCAUGCUCCCUCCUGUAUACAGAGGACAUUACCGCGUGAUGUGAUGACUUAUUUUUGCUUGUCUGAUACAGAUAUUUAUCCUCUAGUCUGAAAUAUGUAUUUAUGCACUUAUUUAUUCUACAGAGUCAGUGAACCUGUAUUUAAGCUGCUGUUAACUGCCCAUCCAGUGUUGCAAAAAUGUCUUUCUAUGUCUUCUGUG